AUGAUGAUGUUGGAACUUCCAAAAGAUUUGGUAGAGGAGAUAUUAUCCAGACUUCCGGCUACUACUCUAAAACGAUUACAAUCUACUUGUAAACAGUGGAAUGAUAUAAUAAAUGAUCGAGAAUUCGCCGGAAAACACUUUAGCAAAGCAGCAAAACAACAUUUGGUUGUCAUGUUGAAGAACUUUAACGUCCAUUUAAUUAGUGUAAACGUCGAUGGAAUUCACAUUGAUCCAUCUAUAAAGGAUAUAGGUGAACUUAGCCUAAACAAGCCAUAUCAAGUAUAUAUAAAUGGCAUGGUUCACUGCAACGGUUUACUGCUUUGCAUAACCAAAGGAUAUACACCCAUGGUUUGGAAUCCGUGCACGGGAAAAAUCAAUUGGGUCGUCGAACCAAGUAGAGCUUACGAUGUAUACGAUAAAUUUGCUUUCGGAUACGAAUACAAGAAAUCGUGCUAUAACUUCAAAAUUUUAAGGAUCCAAUAUGUGUGUGGUCGAGAAACUCAUACAUAUACUACACAUGGUAAAGAAAUCUAUGAUUUUAACUCAUCUUCAUGGAGGACCCUUAAUGUCACACGCAUAUGGCCCUUAAUAUCUCCUGUGGUAUCGCUAAAAGGAAAUGCUUACUGGUUUACUUACGAAUAUAAAGAAGGUUUACGUAAUAGUUCCUUACUAAGUUUUGAUUUUUCGAAAGAGAUAUUUGGAAACAUUUGUGUACCAUUCCAGUUUAACGGUGACUAUCUUGUGGAAUUAUCCGUUAUUAGAGAAAAUAAACUUGCAGUGCUACUACAGCGUUGGGCAUUAGAGAUUGAGAUGUGGGUCACAGAUUAUAUUGAACCCAAUGGUAACGGUGUACCGUGGAAUCAUUUUUUGGCAGUGGACCUAGGGGUAACAAUACCACCAAUUUCAGAUGUGUUUUCCUAUGCGAUGAGUUUUUUCAUCGAUGAAGAUAAUAAAGUCGGUUUAAUAUGGGAUAAUAACAUGGAUGUUAGGGUAUACAUUGUUGGUGAAGAUUAUUACAGAGAAAUCGUUGUUGGGGAAAAAGGAAUUUGUCUCCCACUUAUGUGCUGCUAUGUUCCAAGCUUGUUGCAAAUAUAG